CACCAAUCAACCCAACACCGCUGACAAGACAUCCCCAACUUCUUCUUCUUGUUCACCUUGUCCCUUCACCACCUCCCAUCAACCUCCAUCAGCUCGCUACCCUAAUCCUUCAGCAAAAGCUCCUUCCCACCUCUGGGACCCUUUACGAACCCAUAACUACCAUCGUCUGUGCGCUACAUUGUCAAGAUGAAGCUUACCUUCAAGGAUCUCAAACAGCAGAAGUUUACUCUAGAUGCCGAGCCGUCAGACACGAUCGCGCAAGUGAAGGAGAAGAUCUUCAAGCACAAGACUGAGGAGAAGGAAUGGGACCCUUCGCUUCAGAAGCUCAUUUACUCUGGAAAGAUUCUCGCGGAUGACAAGACCGUUGAGUUCUACAAGGUAGAGGAGAAGGGCUUCAUUGUCUGCAUGCUUGCCAAGCCCAAGGUUACCGUCGCAGCGAGUGCUUCGACUUCGGCGAAGCCACCGUCGACCCCAGUAAAGCCCUCCAAUGCUCCCGCUACGCCUGCCGCUCCGGCGCCAGCUGCUCCCGCCCCGGCUUCGAGCGCUCCAGUCCCCGCUACCCCCACUCCCGCCGCUGCGCCUGUCACCGCCAGCUUCAAUGACCCCUCUGCCCUCGCUAUGGGCGCUCAGCGUGACGCAGCUAUCACCAACAUGAUGGAGAUGGGAUUUCCCCGCGACGAGAUUGACAGGGCUAUGAGGGCGGCCUUCAACAACCCCGAUCGAGCUGUCGAGUAUCUGAUGAUGGGUAUUCCGGAACAUCUACUUCAUGCCCGCCCGCCUCCGCCCGCCGCCGCAGCCCAGCCAGCCGCUUCGCAACCCGCUGCCGCUGUUACUGCCGCUACCGGUGGAGAACAAGCUGCCGACCCUGAGAACAUUAACCUGUUCGAAGCUGCAGCGGCUGCAGCUGCCAACAGGGAUGUUGGUGGAGCUGGCCGCGCCGGUGCCGGUGCCGGCGCUGGAGGUGCUGCUGGUAUCGCGGGACUGGACUUUCUCCGCAACAAUACGCAGUUCCAGCAGCUUCGCCGUCUUGUGCAGGAGUCCCCGCAGAUGCUCGAGCCCAUCUUGCAACAGGUCGGACAGGGAAACCCACAGCUUGCCUCUUUAAUCUCCCAGAAUCCCGAAGCGUUCCUACAGCUCCUUGCCGAGGGUGUUGAUGGCGACGACGAUGCCGAAGGCGGAUACCCAGGCAUGCAGACAAUCUCUGUUACUCCCGAAGAAGCCCAGGCCAUUGAUAGGCUUUGCGCCCUCGGGUUCCAGCGUGAUAUGGUCAUCCAGGCCUACAUCGCUUGCGACAAAAACGAGGAGCUGACCGCCAACUACCUCUUCGACAAUCCGGCUGAUGACGAUGAGAUGGGAGGAGCCUAAACAAUUUGAUGCAAAGAAUGCGAAGACACAUGUGACGGUGUUUGUAAUGGCUUCAUCUGGUGUUUCUUUCUUUCUUUCACUUCUUUAGCGUCCCCCGGACUAGUUUUUUUUUCGGUGGCCGUCUUUUCGGGUUUGCAUAUGCUCUUCUUCUGGGGUAGUUUUGUACUAUGGGAGAUUGGGGAAUUGGGUUUUCUUUCACCUGCUUGUUUCCGGUUCCGUUUUUUUCUUUGUUUCCGGCUUUUAGUUUUCCUUGGUUGCUAACGGGCGAAUGCAAUACGAUGGGUAUGAGUAUCCGUAUGAUAAGUCGGUCAUGAAUGAAUGGUGUCUCAUAUCUAAGCACUUGACCUACCUAUCUAUGCGCCUUUGGUUGUUACCUACCAGAUGGACCAGCAUGUGUACGGGACUCCUCGGAG